ACGGAGGCAGUCCCCCUCUCGUCACGUUGAGGUGAAUAUAAAGCUCGGUAAUGGAGACUGCUGUGGACCGGGGCUCUUGUUUUUCUCCCCGUCGGAGAUACACAAACUCACUGGACAAAUAAGGCGUCAAAUGACAAGCCCCGGGUUUCAACGCUUGUCUUCUUCUUCUUCUUCUUCUUCUUCUUCUUCUUCUUCUUCUUCUUCUUCUUCUUCUUCUUCUUCUUGUUUAUCAACGGCUCUUCAAAAACAGAUGCCCUGCUCGGGAAGUUACGGACAAAACACGGAUAAAUCUGCCGAGUCGUCUUCUUCAAUUUCCAGAAGGCGCUCUCACCCGAAGGAUUUCUUCUUCUCUGAGCCUGCUUUUUUCUGACCUUAACAAGAGACUCUUCACCCUGUCCUACAAGUACCUAUCGUUCCAUCUGACACUGAAGGAACCUGUAGUUCUACCUUCAACUGAAUCCUUCUCCUACUCAGAUCGAGGCUUCUGAGAAAUGAGCUGCAGAUGAAUCACCUUCACGGUCAACAGUCAUUUCUAUUUGGCCUGGGGGUCUUCUAGAAGGUCGGACCUCCUUGCCACCAUGAAAGGGUUGGGGACCAACCGUAACAGACACCCACCUGACUCCUGUGAACCUUCCUCAGGCCAUCCAGAGGCCCUCUACUCUCAGAAGACCAGCACCAUCCCACUCAGCCCUUACCUGCUAAGCCCCACAAUGGACCAUUAUGGCACCAUGGACACCCACCUCUAUCCUUCAGCCAACCCAGGCUCCCUUCCACCAGACUGCAUGCUGCCCCUCAACAAUCAGCUGUCCAACAGCAGCACCUUCCCCAGGAUUCACUACAACACCUACGACCAGUCUGACUUCUCCCCACCUGGAGACAGCAUCGGGGGGAUAAGUACAGGGACCAUGGGCACGUCCAUGUCUAUGGGCAUGGGCAUGGGCAUGACAGGGCUGAGUGGACGAACACCUAUGAUUACGAGUGGCUCAGCAACUAUAUCACAUCACAUGACCAAGAACCAGGCACCAUCCAGUCUGCUGGAGUUUGAUAAGCAGCUACCUGGAGGCCGUGAUGGAUUCAGCACAUUGCAGUUUCAUCGAACGUCUGCUGUUGCUGCCGACAAGCAGCGCACAGACAGUCCUGGUCGUAUCCGUUACAUGCUGCACUCAGUACAAAAGCUUUUUGCAAAGUCCCAGUCACUGGAGAGCCACAACAUGAAAGGAAAUGUCAAUGGACGCUCCACUGGCAGUGGUGGAGGCUCAUCUGGCACUGAAGACGGAGGAAAGCAGAAUCGAAGAGCUAAAAGUAAAGAUCGGGGUACAAAAGCAGAGGCCACUGCCAAGCGACGACCACGCUCUAACAUGUCAGGUUAUUGGAGUUCAGACGAUUUGGACAGCAGUGAUUUAAGCAGCUACCAUAACACCAUGGGCAUGAUGACUCUGGGGCGUCCAACUGGCCAUGACAGCCAAGGGGGCCAGACCCGAUACAUACACAGUGGCUACAACACUAUCAGCUCCUCCAAAAGCAGCAAUGACAUGAAGUAUCAAGCACAUACGGGGCCUGGGGGUGGAGUAGGUGAUAGACUAGGUGGAGCAGGAAGAAUGGUAAUAAAUGAUAAUGACUAUAUGAAAGGAGGGUCUUGGUCCACAAUGACAAUGGGCCAGCCGAGACAGGUGAUCCAGAAGGGCUCUGCUACUCUGGAUAGGUCCCUGCUCAAGUCCAAAUCCUGCCAACCUGAACUAACCUGCAACUACCUACAGGUUGGACAAAGGGGUGAUUGGAGUAGCACAUUAGGCCGUAGCGGGGGCGCCAAUGAAAUUCCAUGUCGGCGGAUGCGAAGUGGUAGCUAUGUGAAGGCCAUGGGAGACAUGGAGGACAGCGACGACUCAGAGGGAAGCCCCAAACCCUCACCAAAAACCACCGCUCGUCGCCAGAGCUACCUCAGGGCUACGCAGCAGUCUCUGAGCGACCAGCUACCCCAACGCAACAGAACCCUGGAUUACACCUUGUUGCAAGGGGAGCUAGAUGCCCUGUGGUCUCCACUCCACAGUGUGCCCUCUCUGCACCAGCUGGGCAGGUCAAUGAGCAGCUGUCUUCCAUCUCUCAGAGAGCUCUCCAAUAAUCGCAGCCUGGACAACUUGGACUGCAUUGGGGGUACAAUCUCGUCUUUGCCACGCUGGGAUGAUGAUGACUUCAGCCAGGCCUGCAGCACCUUGGGCAGACGUAGCUGCUUGGGACAGCUACGGGACCUGGAAAUGAGUCAUCAUUAUGAGGACCGCAGCUCAGAGUCCACAUUCAGAGAUUCUCGUUCCCACUCUCAGGACAACCCAGAGCCUCUAGAUUUGCCCAUGCCAACAUGCUUCCGAUCCCGCAGCCACAGCUAUCUGAGAGCGAUCCAGGCUGGCUGUUCCCAAGAUGAUGACACAGCAUCCAUAGACUCAGGCUGCUCACCGCCUCCAAUUGACACCACUGUUCGCACCUACAGCACCAACACUGUUUCUUCAUGCAGAACCACCAGUAAGAAGGCUGCUCCUCCGCCAGUACCGCCCCGUACAACCUCCAAGCCCUACAUCUCUGUGACAGUACAGAGCAGCACAGAGUCUGCCCAAGACAACUACCUAGACCAGCAGGAUCGGAGGUCAGAGGUCAACAGCCAGUCAAGCCACGCUCACAGCAACUCCUCCGACAGCCUUGACAGCACCCGUGCCAACAGCCUGGCACGGGGUAUUCCCCGCCCUCCACACAUCAUCCCCACUCCCAUCGCCAUCCCCAGAGAGCCAAUCGUGCCCACCACCACUAAUGCUUCCACUGAGACAAGUGACUCAGUAGUCCAGCAUGAAUCACUGAAAUCAGGAUUAAACAAAGGAAAUCUAGUGGCAGAGGAGCCCCUAGUGGCGCCAGUACCCCGGCGGAAACUCUCCUCCAUUGGCAUACAGGUUGACUGUAUUCAGGAAGUUCCACGAGAGGAGACCCCGCCAUUGGCCAAAUUUCAGUCAAUCGGAGUACAGGUGGAGGACGGGUGGCAGCUUAGUCGCUCCAGUAGCAUGGCCUCAAAACAAGAAACCGACUCAGACACACAAGACAUCUCUGUCACUUCCCAUAUCAAUAAUGCCAAACACUUUGAGAAGAAAGUCAUGGUCAAUAGUGCCAGCCAAUCCACAAGCUCCCCUCCUGGAGAAGAAUAUUUAGACAACGCAGACACUACUUGUGUCAACUCUUCGCCUCCACCGCCCAGGCAGAUCCUCAACCGCUCCACCACACGAAGUAGCUCUUCCUCCUUCUCAGAAAGUCUGGACCCAGCGCUGGACCCCUCGUCCCUUCCACCUCCAGACCCUUGGCUGGAGAGUGGCAAUGGGAGUAACAGCAAUUGUCCCCAGAGUGGAGGAGCGGGAACACUGUGCCGGAGAGACGGCCACUGGUUCCUAAAGCUGCUGCAGGCCGAGACGGGACGCAUGGAAGGCUGGUGCCAGCAGAUGGAGCAGGAGACCAAAGACAACCAGCUCUCCGAGGAGGUGCUGGGGAAGGUUCGCAGUGCAGUAGGAUGUGCCCAGCUCCUUAUGUCCCAGAAGUUCCAACAGUUUCGGGGACUGUGUGAACAAAACUUGAAUGUGAAUGCCAACCCGCGGGCCACAGCUCAGGACCUGGCAGGUUUCUGGGACCUGCUGCAGCUCUCCAUUGAGGACAUCAGCCUCAAGUUUGACGAGCUCUACCAUCUCAAGUCUAAUGACUGGCAGCCAAUGCCGUCUGCGGCUGCCCAGUCGCCCCCUGAGCGGAAGGACGGGGAGAAGGAGGCCGCUCCAGCGUCAAAGAAGCCCGGUAAGGGACGACCAUCGCUGGGCCGCGAGAAGAGUGCAGACUCCUCAUCCACCUCUUCAUCGGCCUCAGCAGAGAAGCAGAGACACGAGGCACGCAAGCGUCUACUGGCUGCUAAAAAUGCUGCCUCGUUUCGCCAGAACUCCGCCACAGAGAGCGCGGACAGCAUCGAAAUCUAUGUCCCCGAGGCCCAGACUCGCCUCUGAGAGAGACACUGAGAGGGAAGGAAAUAUGAUUGGAUCAAAGACAGAUAGGUGUCGCUUCAAUACCUGGGGGGGGGGGGGGACUUUUGCAAUGCAAAUGAGCUACUACUACUACUGAAUGAAUAUGGUUGGAUUGGGGAGAAGACAUCAAAUUCCCAGAGAUUGGGGUGGGAGUAGACUUGGGCAUUUUUCACACACUCAUACAGUUAUAGGCUGGUCCUGGGGGCAUCAAAACACUUAUUUAACAAAACAUCAAAUGAAAAAUUUAACUUUUGUAGACUCAACAGACUAUGAAGCAGGAAACUCCUCAUUUGAGGCUGCCAUUGAAAACCUCAGCUGAUAAACUUUAUCAUUUCUUGUAUUACUCCUGAUAUUAUAAAAUUGCUAUUAAAAGUAUUGUUAUUAUGACAAUUAUAUCCUAAAGUAUCUAUACAAAGACUGUUUUAAAGAUUCCUCUAUCUUGGCUAUAAGAUCUAUUAAGUGGACAGAAGGCAAACA